UGAUUUUAUAGAAGACUACAGACACUAUAGUGUAUUGUGGGCCAUAAAGGACAAGUGUUAUACCAAUAAAAACAAACGUAAUGACGCUUACCGUGCACUAGGUGAGAAGUACAAAAUGAGUGAAAAAGGUGUUAAAUCCAAAAUUAAAAACCUUCGUUCAUAUUUUUCAAAAGAACAACAGAAAAUGUCGCAAAGAAAAAGUGGUGCCAGUGCUGAUGACGUAUAUCAAAGUUCCUGGUUUGCCUACAAGCAUUUGUUAUUUCUCGGAGACUCAAUCACUCCAAGAACGACGAAGGACUCCUUAGAGGAUACGAUCACCGAAGAAGUUGAAAUUGGGGAAGACGAUAUACACGACAACAUAGCAGAUGAAGACCAACCACCAGAAAAAGAAGCACCUGAAACUCAAGAUACAGCAUCGUCUUCUUGUCGACAGCAAAACUUUCUCCCAACACCACAGACCUGCAGAGGAAUUAAAAGAAAAAUAGAUGAUGAUAGGAAAAAAGAAGAGGCUGCCUUCGGAUUUCUUGAAGUAGCAGCUAAAUCAUUAUCUGAAAAGGAUGACUGUUCUAUAUUUGGGGAGAUGAUAGCAACCCAGCUAAGGAAGUUGACUCCGCGUAACCAGGCAAUUGCCAGAAAUAGAAUACAAAAUUUGAUUUUCGAUUUUGAAAUGCAGGAAAUGAAUAAUUCUUUACAAAAUAACACAGUAGCUCCUCAAUAUUACAGCCCCUCUGGCCCCUCUUCAGAUUCUUCUUAUGGUACCCACUACGAACCUACAUUAGUUCUCAACUACAAAUUUCCACAGAGAAAUCCCAGCAUCCAAAUAAUGUGCUUGGGGAAGUACAACAGUUUUUGUGUUUUAACCUUGAUAAUACUGAGAAAUAAGUGUUAUAGUAGGGUAAUAAUGUAAAUAAAACAUUUACCUUGACAAAAUCUUGAAGUGCUUCAAUUAUUGCCUUUAAGACCCCUGGCAUCAUCGACGAAAUCAAUGGCUUAGAUACUUUGAACAGGUACAUCAAAGAUGCAAAU